ACUGACAUGCACCUUUCCCCGUCAAGGUCCAAGUAUGUCCUCCCGGUUCCAAUUUGUUACCGUCUCAAACCCGACGGAAGCCCCUUCGUCCGAGUCCAAGAAAGUGGCCUAUUCACACGCUUUCCGCCAGGCACACGCCCAGAGAAGACGCCGGCAAAUGGAAGAAUAUACAAGAGAUACACAUCGCUGUGUCCUGGCCAACAAGGUCUCAACUGCAUUCGAGGAAGCCAUCUCGAGCCCCUUGAGCCAGGCAUUCAACAGUAAUAAAGACCUGUUCUCAUCCUUGGCAAGACCGCUUUCUUCGGUGGAAUACUCCUUGUUGAAUCACUAUAUCCACGUAAUCGUCCCAUUGACCACCGGGCACUGCAGCCUCUUCGACUACCCCGGAGACCACAAAACCCAGCUGCUUCGCGAAUGGGUUGGUCUCGCCGUGGCAGACGACACACUCAUGGUCGCCGCCGUUCUCCUGAGUACCUGCCGCUACAUCCUGCAGUUUCAGCAGCCCGAUAACCUCGUCUUCGCCCGGUUGGCUCUGCAGUAUAAGCAAAUCUGCCUGCAGACACUGCGGCAGGAUGUAGUGAACAUGGACAUUGACAAUUGUUCUGCUGCCCCUGUUAGUACCGUGACUGUUGCCAAAGCGCUCGCUCUCGCGUUGGACGAGGUGGCGCUGGGCGAACAUGCUAUUGCUCGAGAGCAUCUAAGAGGCGUAGUUGCCAUGGUCGAUUCCCGCGGUGGCGCAGGGGAGCUCGGCUUGACGGGUCUUUUGGAACGGAUGUACCGAAGACUUAUGGGAGCAUUAGAGAUAGAGACAGAGAUAGAGACAGACCUCUUGAAGCGCGACACCAACGCAAGAGUGAUAUAACAUGAAGUAUUUACCGUUUGUUUUGAAGAAAUCUGUAAUAGACUCGGUCCCGUGGUUCUACAAGUAGACCAUCACAGUUAUGGCGUUUAUUAUCCUCA